AUGCAUGCGAAACAUGUCGAAGACGCAAAUGAUCCUGCUAUAAGCCCGGCAACGGACCUGACCUCAGGGCCCGCAUUCGAGUCUCAAGUCAGGUCGCUUCUCGACAGGUCGCAUUCCAGUGACUACAACUUUCAUGGAUCUACUUCAAAUUUUCAAUAUCAAACUGAUCGAUUACCUCAGUGGUCGUCGGUCAAAGAGCUCGUUGACAAUGUUGCCGGAGUUUCUUUCCCAUCUUUGGAGGAAUCACAGCACUUGCUUGAUCAAUUCCUUUUUUAUCUCGGCGUGAGCCAGCACUUUUUUGACCCACGAUCUUUCUCCGAUGAUCUUAUGUUGCUAUUUCAGAGCCCAGAGACAAGGCAACAACAGAUAAGCUCUCCUUGGUUUACAGAAUAUCUUUUGGUCAUGGCCAUGGCAAAGCUCAUGGAUGUAAAACAUCCGACAUCACAGACACCUGGAACGGACUUGUUCGCUGAAGCUUUGAAGCGUCUUCCUCCGUUGCAUCAUAUGGGCGGGGAAGGUGUUGUCGCUGUUGAGAUAUUGACACUGAUUGCUACGUAUCUGCAGUGGUGUGACCGUAAACAUGAUGCAUAUCUCUAUAUUGGACUCGCACUGCGGCUUGCUAUUGCUCUUGGGUGCAACCUACGGGAAGUCGACCAACACUGCCUCCCUUCCCAGAGUGCCCACAGACUAAGACUAUGGUGGACAGUAUACAUGCUUGACAGGCGCCUCUCUUCGGGUCUUGGACUGGCUGCGGGGGCGGAUGAACGACAGCUACGCACCGAACUUCCGCGGAACGCCAUGGGGUUCCAGUCACCAAUUGCCCUUGCCAUCAAUGUUCGUAUCGCACGUGUCACCGAUGAUAUAAUGUCAAGUGAGACUGUCCCCAAGCAGAACACAAUAAUAGCUUUGUUUCUGAUUCAGUAUCAGGCUAUCAUCCUAUGUACACGGCCAAUACUACUUCAAAGAGCUCGAUUUGAAGCUCAGAGCCAAGAACAGCCGCAGUCACCCGAUACAGCGCCGAGUAUGCUGCUGCGUCUCUGUGAUACAUGUGAUGAGGCAGCCACCAGAAGUCUGGCAAUACUUGAAUCACUUCGUCGUCAGCAAACUAUCCCCCGGUAUGGCUUUUUUGAUCUGGAUGCAACAUUCUCCGCUGCAUUUGUUCUGGUGAUGGUAGGCUUCCUGGACAAAUCACAAAGCCAACCACCCCCGGCGCUUGAUCAAGCAUCCAAAGUCCUCCAGUUUCUAUCCCAGUCUGGCAAUUUGGCUGCAGAGCGACGCCUACAGGAUAUUGCGCAAUCUUAUUCCCACGUUUGGCCAAAUCAUGUUUUCAAUGCAAAUGCCCCACGCAGUUUUGCAGUCUCCCAGGACAAGACCCAGACACUUGCAGCAAGUCCAGGCUUGAGACAAGAUGCGUUGUUGACUUCCUCGGAUUCUCCACCAUAUAUGGCUGCGGCCUCAAGUAGUCGGGGUGAUCAUCAAGAUGAGAUUAGAUUACUUGAGCCAUGGUCUAAUAUGGAUGUUCCGGACACAAUGUUUGAUAUGCAGGGAGACUGGAAUCUAGAUCUCUCCGGGGACGCAGAAGGAAUUUAUUCAAGUUUCCACAAUCCGACAUUGCCACUGACCGGGGUUGACUACAUCGACUGGUUGGAGAUCGAGAAAGUAUUUAACGGUCCAUAG